UCCAGUAAGAUACAUGUGACAACAGCCUCUCUCCAAAACCAUUCAACGUCAAGUGACCGCUUCCCAUCCAGUAAGAUAAAUUCGACUUCAGCCUCUCUCCAAAACCAUUCAACGUCAAGUGACCGCUUCCCAUCCAGUAAGAUACAUGUGACUACAGCCUCUCUCCAAAACCAUUCAACGUCAAGUGACCGCUUCCCAUCCAAUCUCUCAUCUCAAAGACAUGAAUCAUCAUAUCCUUCCAGCAAGCACCAACUAGAAAAUGGCCUCAACUUUACAGUUCAUCUUGAGGACAUUCUAAAAGUUGGAGCAGACGCAGUAGUCACUGGAGAAAGUCCAGAUCUGAGAGUCAUGAGCUUAGUGACUCAGAAGUUGUGUGAAUCAGGAGGAAUUAGAUACAAUGUAUGGAGAGACAGACUCUUGAGGCAAUACAGGAGACUCAAGUUUGGCAAAGUCUACGAAACAUCCACAUCUAUUACAGAUUUUCCAUAUAGAUACUCAUUCCACGCCAUUAUGUAUGUGUACCGAAGUGGAUAUGACAUGGAGUGGGCAACUGGUAUGGAUGAGAUCUAUUCAAAUAUCGUCAACAAAGCUGAAGAAAAGGUCUUAAGAUCUGUUGUUAUGCCUUUACUUGGAAGCGGUAGAGCUGGCGUCCCAGUUGAGGUGGCGAUAAACGUUUUACUGAAUUCAUUGUCAACGAAAUCAAGAGAUCACUUGAAGGAAGUUCACCUGGCUGUUGUGGAUAAAAAGAUUUAUGACAAGGUAGUGAAGGAAUGUCAGAAUCUGAACUCUAAACCAGCACCAGAGCCGAAGGAGGCCUGGGUUUCCACUGAAUUGGUCGUGGACCUUUCUGCUCCUACUACAUCCAAGAAUACCAAUCAAAGGUCUCCUGGCUUUUCAGAUAACAAACAUGGUGGCCGUUCUUUACAAUCCACCUUUUCAAAUGAUAAUCACACUGCGACUCUUAGGGGAAAGCUGUCGAAAUCGGCGAUCGAUCACACACAUGGUGACACACAUUCUGAUCACAACUCAUUGAUCAGUGCUCACAGUAAAAGUAGGAGAUCAUAUAAAUAUGAUCCCGAGUUUCAGUCAUUGCCAAGUGAAGCUAGAGAGAAAGAUGUAGACAAUACCAGACCAACAGGAAGAAGAGAUGAACCAAACAGCAGUGGGGCUAUAGGUGACGAUGUUGAACCAACAGGAAAUAAUCUGGCAUCACGAAGAGGCAGCCGGACUCAUGAAUUUCAGUCGUUACCAAAUGAAGCUAGAGACAAUACCAGACCAACAGGAAGAAGAGAUGAACCAAACAGCAGUGGGGCUGUAAGUGAUGAUGUUGAACCAACAGGAAAUAAUCUGGCAUCACGAAGAGGCAGCCGGACUCAUGAAUUUCAGUCGUUACCAAAUGAACUUCGAUCAGCUAGAGGUGAAGAUGCAGAUGACACCAAACCAAUAGGAAAAAGAGCAGAAUCAAACACCAUUGGAGCAGUAGGUGGUGUUGGUCCAACAGGAAAUGAUUGGGCAUCAGCCAGUAAGGCUAAACAUUUCACUGGUUAUAGACGGAGAGAUAAAAGUCAGAAGUCUGGUGGAUCCAGACACAGUGGAACAGGAGGUGAUCGGAAUACAUCUGGAACUGAUGAUGAUGAAGAUGUUAAAAAAAAAAUGGCAAUGAGUGUAAAGGACGCCACAACCAUGAGUUCUACUGAAGCAGACGACACUUGUCCAAUCUGUAUGGACAGCAUUAGUAAUCCAAAGAAGCUGUCAAAAUGUGGACAUGUGUUUUGUAAAGACUGCAUAGAUCGGUGUUUCAAGACCUACAACCCGGUGUGUCCAACAUGCAACACAAUAUAUGGAGAAAUCACGGGAACACAGCCUGAAGGUAACAUGACGGUCAAACGUGACCAAUACAGCCAUCUUCCUGGACAUCCAGACUGCGGAACCAUCACCAUCACCUAUCACUUUAAAGGUGGAAUUCAAGGUGUAAUGUUUGGAGCAUGAACCUUUCAAUUUAGCGCGAGCAUCCAAACCCAGGAAGCCGAUACCGUGGAACAUGACAUACAGCAUAUUUACCAGACUCGCCUGAGGGAUGUAAAGUUCUCCGUCUGCUGGAGAUAGCAUUUGACCGUAAACUGACCUUCAUGAUUAGCAGGUCAUCGACAACGGGAAGAGAAGACAUCAUAACGUGGAAUGACAUUCAUCACAAGAUGCGGGUGGAAGGAGGUGCGAAUAGAUAUGGGUAUCCCGAUCCCACGUACCUGUCACGUGUUAAGUCAGAACUGGAGUCUAAAGGAAUCACAGAAGCUGAUUUGUGAAUCCAUUAAAAAUAUUAAUGUCUCAAACCUGUGUAAAGCAACCACCUGCUUAAUAAGUACAUGUACUGAAAGCAAAGUGAUGGGGCAAUGUACCCCCAACUCUGAAUAUUAUACAUUUUCCUCAUUCCAACUGAGAGAUAAAUAAAUAUAUAGACUGAGCCACCACCUCCAUUUGUUGGCAUCUUUUAACACAUAUUUCUGGUGUAAGUUUAGCCAACAGUUUAUCGCUAAUGCUUGCUACUCCAGUAGUUUUUACACUAUACUCGUUUUACCCUCUGGCAAAAAUCCUGCUUUAGGAACCAGUCAAAAUAGUUUGAAAAUGUUAAAAUGGCUGACUGAAUGUAGGCAUUAUAGGUGACUACUUAAUAUAAGUUCAUCUGUACUAUCUGUGAGUUUAGUUUUGACGUUUAUGAAGAAAUGUGUUUGCUUAAUAUAAAUUAUAGUCUGUGUCAAACGGGAACCGAAUGUAAAUUUUGUAAUGAAUAAAGUUAAAAUAAACAUAAAAACGUAGUAGUAAAUUUUAAACCCAUACCAACUCUGGUAUCUUUUUGUUUCUUAAUAUAAAUUAAAAUGUUUCUUAAUAACAAAUUUCCAUAGAUUAAAUAUGAUUUUUAAUACAGCGAUAAAGACAAAAAGCUAGAACAGUAUUACCUGCAUGAUCAGUGAAGUAAUCCAUAAUGCUCAUCACAGACUAAAUGUAGAAUGAUGUAUGCUUUACUUUAGCUGUUCUAUCAGUUGCCUUAAUAUGUCUUAUCACAAAAGAAGAUUUAACCUAUUCAAUUUGAUGGUAGUGUGUAAAGAAACUUUUUUAUUUAGAUUAUUAAAAAAAAGUAUUUGAGUUGGUAUUGGUUUAAAACUAAAUAAUAUGUUUUUAUAUAUGAAUUUUAUAUGUUUAUUAAUUAUAAUCGAAUGUGUAAUAAGAAUAUAAUUAAUUUUAUUUGUACUAUAUGUGAGUUUAGUAUUGAGGUUUCGGGAGAUAGGUUUCUGCUUAAUAUUUAUAGGAUAUUAAACAAGCUUCCAUUUCGGAUCAUGUUUAUGUCCUGAGUAAAAUAAUGUUCAGUUGUCACGAGCUUUAGUGAGUGACAAUGAAAAU